UUCCCCUAUCACCAGUAGCCAUUUUAACAGCCUGGAGACAACAGAAUAUUAUUUGCUUAUAGAAUACAUUAGGAUUAAAGAAUUAAGACAUACACAACAAAGAAUUAAGACAUACACAACAAGCGAAGGCAGGGCAUUCAAAUGAAAAGUGACCUUUGAACUAACAGUCUUCAGAGUGGUACAGAGAAGAAUCUGAAGCCACAGGCUCUGGAAAGGUCCCCCAAAGUAAGAAAAAGGUUUUAACAGCAAACUCUCUGGAUUCUCUCAGGCCAGACACAGUCAGAGAUAUUCCUCUUUUAACUGCACUUGUUGGAUCAGUACUACUUGCUGCUUUUAAAAGAUAGUGAUUUUAAUGACCACGUGUACUUGUUGAUUACUGGUCAACCUGAUGAGAUAAGCUAGAAACUGGUGGCCCAAGUGUCUUUUCAUCUUCUCACUGGAGUUUUAUCACUGGUGGUGUCAAUAACCAGACAUCUUGGAAGUUCACGGCUCUUCUUUUUUGUUUCAUAUGACUGAUUCCACAUCAGCUGAACACUGUCUCGGAAUUAAGUAACUGCACUGGGUGAAUGUACAGUUGACAAAAGGACUUGUCCUCUCAAGUGGCAUUGGGGCCCAAGGAAUGCUUUAGUAUGGCUGCAGCAGUUCAACAAAAUGAACUGGUUUUUGAAUUUGCAAGCAGCGUCAUGGAGGAUGAGCAACAGCUUGGUGACUCAUCUGUUUUUCCUGCUGUCAUUGUGGAACAUGUCCCCAAUGUAGACCUCUUGCAGAACUACUCGGGCCUCACCUGUGUUCAAGAACCACAUGGUAUGAUUACAGAGGGAUCAAUUGAUGUUGCUGAAGAGCAGAUCAUAGAAGAUGAUGAUGAUGAUUAUGAUGAGGAUGAGGAUGAGAUCACAAUUCCAGUUGAGGUGUCAUGUCACAAUGGAGAAGAAACCAUGGAAACUAUCGAAGCAGCAGAGGCAUUACUCAAUAUGGACUCUCCUGGCCCUAUUUUGGAUGAUAGAAGGAUAUCUCAUGUGUUUAUGCCAGCUGUGGGUGACAUGAUCUGUACUCCUGUUACACAUGUAUCUGUGACAGAAGAUGGAAUUCCUGAGGUGGAAGAAGUGCACCAGUUUCACGAUGCACUUCUAAGUGAGGAAAAGUAUGUGGCACUUGUAGAAGAUCAAACUUCAGAGCAGCCCAAGAAAAGAAAAGGGAGAAGAUCCAAACCACCUAGACCAGACUCGCCCUCUAGCACUCCUAAUUUUUCAUUUAAGAAGAAAAGCAAAGAUGGGAAGGGAAAUACAAUUUAUCUUUGGGAGUUCUUACUUGCUCUACUGCAGGAUGAGACAACAUGUCCAAGAUACAUCAAAUGGACUCAGAGAGAAAAAGGAAUCUUUAAACUGGUUGAUUCAAAAGCUGUAUCCAGGCUUUGGGGAAAGCAUAAGAAUAAGCCGGACAUGAAUUAUGAGACCAUGGGUAGGGCCUUAAGGUAUUAUUAUCAACGUGGUAUUCUUUCCAAAGUAGAAGGGCAGCGUUUGGUCUAUCAGUUUAAGGAAAUGCCAAACAAUCUUAUCGUCAUUGAUGAAAGGGAUCCAAGCUCCAGUGUAGAAUCCCAGGAGUGUAUAUCUGAAAAGAGGACCUCCAUGUCACCCACAUGUCUGCCCAGUGUUCCCAGUAGGUGUCAAACUGACCAGUCUGUUGGAACACUGCACAGUAUUGCCGGCAGUAGAGGAAUUUCAGUUGUGGAGCACUCAGUCAUCCGGACAAAACCUGCGGAGAACACAAGGGAAUCUAAGCUAGGACGUACUACUGAAAUGGCACAGCACACAACAGUAUUACUAGAAGAGGAAGCGAGAACUGAACAGGUGGUACCAACUCAUCUUUAUAGAAGUAUUCAUAUAAUGCAGCCAGCAACAGAAGAAACUUCAGAUGGACAGGCAGUAGUAACCAGCACAGUGCAGGGGUCAGCUGUGACAGCAUUAACCUCACCAGCUCAAGGUAUUGGGACAAUUCAGAACCCAGCACAAGUUCCAGUGGUGGUAUCGGCAGGCAGUCAGCAGGUUCGUACUUUGACCUUCCAGACAGUACCUUUCUCAGCUGUCAUCACAAACUCUGAUUCCAGUGCACCAACAACAGUACCAGCGAAAUUUAUUCUGCAAACCAUUCCAGUUUCUCAACCUGUGACAGUUCUAAAAGAAAAUAUUAUAUUGCACUCCCCCAAAACAGUCUCCCCAACAUCAUCCGUUGUUUUCAGUAGUUCCCAAACUCAUCAGGUCCUUGCUGGCAAUCUUCAGACUGUUGCUGGCAGUGUUGUUAGCAUGUCCCCAACAACAACCUUUGGCACUGCUACUCCUGUGGUAACCUUUGCAUCUAGUGGACAGAAGCUGUUGACCCAACCUCCUGCUACUGUGAUCACGUCUGUAAUUAAAACACCAGAAGUCAGACAGACAGUAUCACGUGCCUCUUUAAAACUGGAAAUACCAGAAGAUUAUGGUAGGGACAGCAGUGAACAUUAUGAACAGAAGUACCCACAACCAAGUGUGGUAGUACUAGGUAAUCCAGCUGCAUUCAUCUCUGACUCUGAGGUCAAAACAGAAGAAAAAAUAGUUUACUCUCAUUAUGAGUGAAUUCCUUAUUCAUCUUUUAUAAGUAUGUUCGGAGUCAUCAAACUUGAAGUUAUCUCCUAGUUUUGUAAAUAUUUUAUGGGUAAAUCGAUUUAAUGUAAAUAAAAAAAAUGAAAUGUACACUUUUGUAAUAGUAAGAUUGAGUUUGGUUAUAAAACUUUAAAGCCUUUUAUUUGUGAAUCACUUAUGGUGUCAUGAGGGAGACUAUGCUAAUCCUUAAGAAUUUGCUUUUUUUCAUAUGUAAGUUGUAGUAAUUCCCAUGAAUUUGUCAUCUUGGAGUAAGGAAGAAGGACCAAAACUCAAAACUCAGAGUGAAUAGAGCAUUUCCUUCACUUUAAUGUUAUUUUAAACUGACACCUGAUGACGUUUCUCCUUAUGAUAUAUUCUUUAUCCAGAAGUUUGACUGCCUCCAAGACCACUAUUUAUUUGUUACAGGUGUAUUUUUGUUUUUGACUUCUUUAUAAACUUUAAUUUCUUUCA